AUGGCGGCCCUUCAACCUUCGGCUGAGGGGCAAGGAACAUCCCCUUCCACAAGGAAGUCCUUCUCACAGUUGUUCUCCCAGCCUUCAUCGUCACCAAUACAGUUACGGCCUGCGACAACAUACAAGGGUGAGGCUACCAUCAUAUUUUCCAAGGAGGAUGCGGACAGGUUGGCAGCACCUUUUCGAUGGGCUUUGGUGGGGAAGUUUUCGCAUGGUCAGCCAACAUUGGAGGACAUCCGGAAGUUCUUUGCUUCACUGGACUUGAGAGACCAUGUUUCGGUUGGUCUGAUGGACUAUCGCCAUGUGCUUAUCAAGUGCACGACUGAGACAGAUUUCAAUAGACUAUGGACACAAGGGAUUGGGCACUUAGGUAGAUUUUCGAUGCGUGUGUUUCGCUGGAGAAGGGACUUCCAUGUUCAGAAGGAAUCAUCUCUGGCUCCAGUUUGGGUGACCUUACCAGCUUUGCCGAUACACUAUUUUGAUAAACACUCGUUAUUUUCCAUCCUUUCUCCAGUUGGGAAGCCAUUGUUCUUGGAUGCAGCAACGUCGGCAGGCACACGGCCAAGUGUGGCCAGGGUAUGUGUGGAAGUGGAUUUGGUGAAGCCUAUCUGCUCGCAGGUAUGGGUGGCAGUGGAGGGUGAGAUUGGAUUUUGGCAGCAGAUCAUCAUAGAAGAUUUACCUUCAUAUUGCUCAGUGUGUUGGCAGUUGAGACAUUCUGUUGGUGAUUACAAAAGGAACGCUGAGGAAUUUGCCGCUCGUCGGGUACCCAAACUACAUACGGUGGCAUCGCAUGCUCCCCAAGCUGUCGUAGACAUGGUUCAAAGUCGUGGUCGCGGUCACGGUCGCGGCCCGGAACGUUCCACAUAUGUUUCGGCAUAUUGCUCGCGGUCUCGGUGA